GGCGAUAACCACAUUACAAUAUAUUAAUUUUAUAAAACGUCAAAUGUUACGACGCACCAUGGCGGAGUUUGACAUUAAAGCCGGCCUGCAGCAAGUGUUGAAGCGCAUCGACGAAGUUCUGUUGCAGCGUCCAAAAGAAAUCCAGGCUGCAAAGCCUCUCUUGGUAGCUGUAAGCAAGACAAAGCCAGCAGAUGCUGUUAUAGAGGCGUACAAGACCGGCCAGCGGGAUUUCGGGGAGAACUACGUGCAAGAACUGGUGGAGAAGAGUCAGCACCCGGAAAUACUGGCCCAGUGCCCCGAUAUCAAGUGGCACUUCAUCGGCCACCUGCAGAACAACAAAAUUAACAAAAUACUCUCUCUCCCCAAUCUUCACAUGAUCCAAACCGUAGACAGCGAGAAGCUAGCUACCAAGCUGGAUGCCGCCUGGUCAAAAUUGAAACCAGACACAGAGCCGCCACUCCGGGUUCUCAUUCAAAUCAAUACCAGCGGCGAAGAGGCCAAGAGUGGCAUCGAGACGAAGGAAGCGCCCAAGCUCUACCAGUUCAUCAGCAAGAACUUGAAGCAUCUGCAACUGGUGGGCAUCAUGACCAUUGGAGCCUUUGGCUUCGACUACAGCACAGGGCCCAAUCCAGACUUUGUCUCGCUCAUGGAGGUGCAUCGCUCUAUCUGCGAGGCCAACUCCCUGACCCCCAACUCCGUGCUCGUAUCCAUGGGUAUGUCGAACGACUAUGACAGAGCGAUCGAAAUGGGCAGCACCGUGGUGCGUGUCGGCUCAUCUAUUUUCGGACAUCGCGCUGUCAAGGCAUAAGGCGAUCGUCGGCGAGGAAUGCGCUUUCGGGUCCCUGGCCGAAUACAGUUGUUUCUCAAUGACGUUUCACCUCCCAACUAUAUGCACAAAAAAUCCGAGCGAUGCGUGGUCUCCAUGAUCGUCUGCGUAUACGAUGGAAAUAAUAAUACAUACAUAUGUGUACAUAUAUACAUAUAUAUUGAAUUAAUUUGGCUUUUAAAAUUAGAAAAUCUUGAGGUAAACAAA